UAGGCGGAAGAAAAUUCAUCUUUCGCCUCUUGCGCCUUCCGAGUAAGUCGCUGUCUAUCUGUUUUCCUAUCUACCUAUCUACCUACCUUCGUCUUCUCCCAUCAUGUCUGGACGCGGAAAGCAGGGAGGCAAAGCUCGUGCCAAGGCCAAGUCUCGCUCUUCCCGCGCUGGCCUGCAGUUCCCGGUGGGCCGAGUGCACCGCCUGCUCCGCAAAGGCAACUACUCGGAGCGUGUGGGCGCCGGCGCGCCGGUGUAUUUGGCCGCGGUCCUGGAGUACCUGACAGCCGAGAUCCUGGAGCUGGCGGGCAACGCGGCCCGAGACAACAAGAAAACGCGCAUCAUCCCUCGCCACUUGCAGCUGGCCAUCCGCAACGACGAGGAGCUCAACAAGCUGCUGGGCAAGGUGACCAUUGCCCAGGGCGGCGUCCUGCCCAACAUCCAGGCCGUGCUGCUGCCCAAGAAGACCGAGAGUCACCACAAACCUAAGGGCAAGUAAGCCAGCCCUGCUGACGAACAGUCUCUGGAAAUGGGAGAUUCGUCUACCACGCAGAAACCAACGGCUCUUUUCAGAGCCUCCCACGCUUUCAAAAAAAGAGCUAGACUUGGGCUGCUCCUGCUUGGGGAAAUGCGGGAUGGUUAUGGGAUUACCACUACUUCCCCCUCUUUCCCUCUCCCCUCCCCGGCUUUUUUAGCUUUGGGGAGAAAAAGUCGUGGCAUACAGUGCCCGAAGUCACUCAUCAAGCAUUGGAUUGAGAAACCGGAAUCCUGCUCUAGAGCGGGCUAGGUUAUCUCCGCCCAGAGGUGCCGCAUAGGCUUGAGUCAGGGAAGUCACGGUCACACAAAGGGCCCCUUGUUCAGAAGGGAGAGUAAUGUUUGGUGUUUUAAGGGGUCCAAUUCAGGCCAAUUCUUGAUGUACUAGGGAAGUGUUCUACAAGUUCUCUUACGAAGGCAUACGCAAUUGCCAAAUUUCAAGUGAAGCGUUUGAAACAACUUGGGUCUCUCCUGGCUCUCUUCCUCCCGGGCUGACCUUUCCUCAGUUUCCCUUGCGUUGCUGUAUCAUCGUCCACCUCCGGACCUAUAACUGUGCUGGGCUCCCACUCUAGGCUACACUCAUCGUCUACCUUAACUCAGGGGGCCCGGUCUUCAUCCCUUUCCCUGGGACUCCUAGUUUACUAGCUCGUAGUCCACAAGGAAUCGCCAAAUUCAACGUUCCUAACUGGGGCCUCUCCCAUUCCCCAGCCCACUCUCGCUUUCUCGAAAUGCUCUUCAUUUUCGGGGAGAGAGACCAUUUAGUUCCUUGUCAUUUCGCACCCCCCUCAGUCACAAUGGUUCCUAAUACCUCUGCCCCCAUCCCACCACCCUAGCUCCUUUAAGCGCUUCCCAUCAAUCCACCCCCGAGUUCAAAUUUUCCUCUAUUUGUCGCCACAAACAACAUUUCUGCCCCUGGUCAUCCUGUUUCUAGCCUUUCCCGUUCUUCUAGUCUCCUCUUGCUAAAGCAAAAGGUGGCUCAGUUAGAUCUCCCGGAUAGCUCCUGCAGAGCCAUCACAGCGGAAUGCUUCAACAAUUUCCUUUUGUCUCUUGCCUGCAACACAGACUUCUUGAUAUUUCCCCCUCUGAUCUCUUGGUCUUCACGCAGAUCGUUCCACUGAAUCUUUAUCUUCAUCUGAAGCUCAGUUUAUGAGUUUUUGAUCCGACUGCUGUAGCUCUUUUCCUCCUUCAAUGUCUUUGUGCUUGUACAAGCUGUAUGCCUCGGGUUCCUUCCCAAUGGAAGAAACGCUUCGUGGUUGGUUGUUUAUUGUUGUUUUAUUUCUUUAUCCUUUGGGGGACCCAACGUGUAAUGCCCACAGUUCGUUGGAAAAGGCAGGCGUUUAUUAAAAUUUUCGGUGAAAUCGAUCUGAGGACCCUGUUAUUUUCCCCGUAUGUAUACACUCGAGCAAAGCUAGCUCCUCUGUAAAUAAGCAGAGGGCCUGUUAUGCCACAGUUCUCUUUAACUGUCCUGACUCAGUUUCCCUGCACUAGUUUCCCUUGUCUCAGUUUCCUUAACUGUUCUGUCUCAGUCCCCUAAAUUGUAACCUCCCUCUGGUCCAUUAAGACUGAGGACCAUUUGCUCUAAGGUUAUAAAUUGUUAGCAAGAUAAACAAGAGAGUAGACCUCCUGACUCUUUUCUGUCCUCAAGAAUUUACAAUAUCCCU